CUACUCUAGCAUAAAUAUUCAAAAAUUUAUGAGCAAACAAAAUAAUUUAUCAUUUUUUUUAUAUAGGAUUUUUUUAAAAUGGUAGGGGAGUGACAGUAACAUCAGGUGCCGUCUACAUUUAAAAUAAAAUAAAGUUUUGAGUACUUUUAUUCACUUGCGAAAAAAAAAAUGGAGGUAGACUAUAGUCAAGAAAACAAUGAGGACGAGUACAUUAGUCGAAAAAUUCGUAAAAAAAGGUAUUUUGAUCAGUUGCAAGGAAUAAUCAAGAAAAAGCAGGCUGUUCCUUCUAAAUCAAUUGAAGCAAGUACUGAUUCUGCGCAACCGUCGGAUCAAACAACAAAACAACCAAUAUCGGAACCCGUUAAUAUAUCAGUUUCUUUAAGAAGUAAUUGUCCGACGCUUCUUGCGACAUCUCAGCGUUUGCGUGCUGAUGCUGAAAAAAACAAGACUGGCACGAAAGAAGAUGAAAUCAAAACUGUUAUUGUAGAAGAGCAGAGGUUACUUGAGCAACUUCAAAGAAGUGUUAAUGCGCCUUUAAUGAGCGUUAAGGAAAGGGCUAAAGGUAUUGUUUAUACCGAGCCAAUCAAAACCUCUUGGCGUCUUCCCCAAAAAUACCGCAAUAUGACUGAUAAAGAAGCUAAAGCUUUUCGAGAACAUUUUUUUAUUGAUGUGAACGGCAAAGAUAUUCCCCCUCCAAUCCGUCACUUUUCAGAGAUGCGUCUUCCAAAAUGCAUUUUAAAGGCUUUGAAAAAAAAAGGAAUUGAACAACCAAGUCAAAUUCAAAUGCAAGGGCUUCCUGCUGCUUUUUUAGGAAGAGACCUUAUUGGAAUUGCAUUUACAGGGAGUGGGAAAACCAUAGUAUUUGUGUUGCCAAUGAUAAUGUUCGCCAUGGAAGCGGAGAUGCGUUGUCCUUUACUUCCUGCAGAAGGUCCGUAUGGUUUAAUUAUAUGUCCGUCUCGUGAGCUAGCAUCACAGACGUGUGCCACAAUUGAGUAUUUCACAAAAGCACUCACUGAGAACGGGUAUUCUAAACUUUAUACUGUUUGUAUGAUAGGAGGCACUAGUGUUACUGAACAGAGUCAAAGUGUACGCAAAGGUGUUCAUAUGGUAGUUGCUACUCCGGGAAGACUGAAUGAUAUGCUAUCCAAAAGAAGGAUGUCUUUAGUACAAUGUAUGUUUCUUAUUCUUGAUGAAGCUGAUAGAUUAAUUGAUUUAGGAUUCGAAGAUGACAUUCGAAAUAUUUUAAGUAAUUUUCAACAUCAACGUCAAACAUUACUUUUCAGUGCCACGAUGCCCAGAAAAAUACAACAAUUUGCUCGAUCAGCUUUAGUAGAACCUAUUAUUGUAAAUGUUGGCAGAGCUGGUGCUGCGAAUCUUGAUGUAGUCCAGGAAGUUGAGUAUGUUAAACAAACAGAGAAACUCCCAUAUCUGCUGGAGUGCUUACAAAAAACUGCACCCCCUGUUGUGGUUUUUUGUGAAAACAAAAAAAGCGUUGACGAUGUUUACGAAUAUUUACUUAUUAAGGGUGUAGAAGCUGUAGCUAUACAUGGUGGACUUUCUCAAGAAGAGAGGCGUGAAGCCAUAACUUUUUUUAGCAAUGGUACUAAGGAUGUUCUUAUAGGUACUGAUGUAGCUUCAAAAGGUCUUGAUUUUCCCGCUAUUCAACAUGUUAUUAACUACGAUAUGCCAAAAGAAAUAGAGAAUUAUGUACAUAGAAUAGGUCGUACAGGUCGUUGCGGAAAAACUGGUGUGGCAACGACGUUCAUAAAUAAAAACCAAGAAGAAACUAUACUAUUAGAUCUAAAGGCUUUACUAACAGAAGCUGGCCAAAAAAUACCUCCUUUCUUAGAAAGUUUAGAUUUUCACAAAUUUCAUUCUACUGAAAUCGGCGGGAUCAAGGGUUGCGCGUUUUGCGGAGGUCUUGGUCAUCGUAUUACAGAUUGUCCUAAACUCGAUAGUCAGAAAAAUAAGCAAAGUGCCAUUAACGGGAAGGAUUAUUUAACUACGGGUAGUCGUUACACUGGGAUUUCCGCAUAUAGUGGGGAUUGGUAGAAAAACUGGAAACAACGAAAUUUUUUUUUGUGGUUUUUCGGUCACUUCUAAUGCGGUAAAAUUGUCAAUACAUUCUCGUUUAAUUAUUAAUGUAGCUACACAAAGGGAAACUUAAAAAAUUUUCCAUUAAUUAGCCUUAUUAGGGUAGGUAAUUUUGAAAUAUCUUAUUCAAGAUACCAAUACUAUGAAAUGCUACUUUUUUCCAAUAUACAUUCAAAUGUUAUCGAGAUCUUUUUCCACAUUAAAUAGUCUUUUGGUAUUAAAGACUUUAAAUGUGAAGUUAAUUACGUCAUUUUAACUUUUUGAAUAGUUUUGUUUAUGUUCUGGAAUCCAUAGUUCCGUAAUGUUUGCUGUUUAGUUAAAUUUUCAAAAUAUACUUCAAAUU